GAUAUUUAGUUGAUUGCAAAAUGUAGUGGAAACAGUAAAUGAGAAAAUUGUUGUUCUUGGAAAGAGGGAAUCAUUUUCGCUAACUAACUCGCAUGCUGCAAAUCCUAACUUCAAACAAAGAAGAAUUCAGAAAAGCCGUAACUACCGUAUAAGAAAUGGAAAAUUGCGUUGAAAUAGAGACCAAUGUAGUGACUUUAUAUAAAUGUGGCGAGAUUUUUUAUGACAUGUUGGCGGCCCAAAAUAUCAGCAUUAGCUUUCAGUGUUCCUUUUGCCAGAAAACUUUUAUAGAAUUAGAUACAUUCUUAAAACAUUUACAAAGUGAUCAUUAUAAUCCAUCCACACCUACCGAAGAGUACGGGUCUGGAAACGAUGAUGAACAAUUACAAGAAGAAUAUCGAACCGAGGAAAUUUUUCUUAUCUCUAACGAUAAUGACAGUAAAAUACUGUUGGAAAAUGUAACCCAUGCAACAGACACGAAUUUAAAAGGAAAGAAUGUCAGCGAUGAUCUCGAAGUGAACAAUCUAUCAUGUGAUGAAGAAGAAAAAUGUAUUAGGCCAUCCAAACAAAAACAGCCUGUUAAAAAGCGCGCCACCCGUGAAUGCAUUUGUCCACAUUGUCAUAAAAUAUUCCAUAAGGCUUGGUCGUUGCAGCAACAUUUAAAUACACACGAUGGCUACGAGAAGCCAUAUAAAUGUGAGUUUUGUCCAGCAGCCUAUGCCAGCAAACAAAAUCUCGUAGUUCAUGUUAGACGGCAUAAGGGAGAGAAGCCUUUUGGCUGCCAUUUUUGUGCGCGUAGUUUUACUUCUACCAGCGAACGUUACAUACACGAACGGUGCCAUACCGGCGAGCGACCAUAUGUAUGCGAGUUUUGCGGCAAAAGUCAUACCACUUCGUCCCAUUUACUUAAUCAUCGUCGACUACAUUUGGACGAACGCAAUUUCGUGUGCGACUUGUGUGAUAAACGUUUUAACAAACGCGACGAAUUAAAAAAACAUCACAAAAAUGUACAUACGGAAGUGCCGCGUUCUCAUGUCUGCCCGAUAUGCACUGCGGCUUUUAAAGGGAAGACCACAUUAAAGGAACAUGUAAAAAUUCAUGAGGAAAAAACUUACAAAUGCCAAGAAUGUGGUAAAACAUUUGCCCAACAUUCCGGUUUAUAUUCACAUCGAAAAACCCAUCAAAAGCAAAGGGACACGUUAUUAAAAGAUGUAAUGAUGAUGACAGAGGAGACUAUGACAUCGUCCAUCAAAAUAGAAAUUCUUGAUGACAAUGACACUAUUUGAUUAUUCCAUAUUAUCGUAGUUUCCGAGCGAGCGGAAUAAUUGGCGUUUUGUGACGUGAAACAGGAUGUCUGUAGAAUACAAACUAUUGCGUUUAUAUGCGUCUUCUUUUCAGUUGCCAAAUUUGCGCAAAUCUACGUCAUCACAUGAUGCUAUAGCCGUCUUCUCACAAAAAAUUGAAGUUCGUCAGGCACGUUCCCAAUCCAUUGAUUAGGUGUAAAAACGAAUUUAGUUCGCUUGUAAAUAAAUCUAUCAAAAACAACCAAAAAAAAAAUAUAUAUACUACAAAUUGCAGUAAGAUUUAAAAAGAUAUCAAAUAUCGGUUCGUAAUUUACCAUAAAUAUUUGCCAACAUAUAUUAUACAUAGUUUAUAUAGGAUUUAUUACUGAAAGACAGACAGACGUCUCGAUAUCACAUGUAAGAGAGUUAGAAAGUUAUAUUCGGUUGUGGCCGAAUCUUUUAUACC